GUAACUACGGCAAAGAUGGCGGCGUCCUCAGCGGCAGGACGCGUUUUGACUCUUUGCAAGCAGUUUCAAAAUGUCUUAAGGAUAUCUUCAGCGAUAAAUCCUCAGCACUGCACUGCUAAUAUAACCAAGUACCAGGCUCAUGUUUACAGGGAAAAGUCUCCUCUGGUUGCCGUGCCCUUUUGGUACAGUCCGAGCAGCUCAGCAGGUCAGUGUCGAGCCCUGCACACAACCAUCAGCAGAAGAGGGCUGGAAGAGUUCUUUGACCUCCCUGAGAACUGGGGAGAGGCCACCGUGAAGUCAGGUGCACCAUGGACUGCCAAACAACUGAGAACCAAGAGCAAUGAAGAUUUACACAAACUCUGGUAUGUGCUGUUGAAAGAAAAGAACAUGCUGCUCACAAUUGAGCAGGAGGCAAGAAGGCAAAGGGCUCAGAUGCCAAGUCCAGAAAGAUUAAGGAAGGUUGAACGGUCGAUAAUCAGACUGGAGACGACGGUGAAGGAGAGAGAGACUGCACUGCGUCUGCUGCAGACAGGACAGGAGAAAGGCAGACCAGGAACCUGGAGGAGGAACAUGUUUGGAUACGUCUACUGGUAUCGAUUCAAAGAGUAUGCAAUUCCUUGGUACAUGAACAAAAGGUACAAGCGAAAGAGGUUCUACACACCUGCGUUUGUCCAACCACACAUCAGGCUGCGCAUAGAGAAGCAUCUUCGAGACAAGGCCAGGAAGGCCAACAGAGAAAAAGAAACUCUGAUGAAACUCAAGAAAAAGUUGCCUCACAUCAAAGUUCCUGCAUCGUGAAAUUUCAAACGCACAUUUUGAACAAUUUCAGGAGGUUUUGACAGCUGUGAGUCGUCCAGACACAAGUCCCAACACAUUUUAUCAGCAGAUAUAAGUUGAUAUGAAUACUCAAGUCUGAAUCAGCUCAUGUCAGAUAUCUGAAGUUGGUCUGAAACUUGUCCCAUGUAGAAUCUGAGUGUAUUUGUCUAGCAGUUAUCUGAUCCUAUUACAUAAAUUAUGCUUCAUCACCAUGAAAUGUUUUGGUCACUGUUUUCAUACAUAAUAUUAAACACACCUCAUGUA